UCGAUCCCCGCAUUUCCUAUUUUGAUCUGAGGCCCGCGCGUCCCGCAGCGGCGUUCGCUAGGGCGCUCCAAGAAUUGGGCUCCCCGCCGGAGACAGAUAGAUAGAUGUCCGGGUUCGUGGGGGUCGUCGUCUCCGACCCCUCCUUGCAGGGCCACUUCACGCAGGUCGAGCUCCGAUCGCUCAAGGCCAAGUAUGUGACUCUGAAGAGGGAGUCCGGCCAUGUCACCACCAACAACCUGCCGGGUCUGAUGAAGAAGCUGAAGGGGCUCAAUGAGGUUGUCUCCGAGGAGGAGAUUGCUGCGUUCUUGUCGGAGGUCUGCCCCGACAGCGACCAAGAGAUUGAGUUCGAGCAAUUCCUUCAGGAGUACCUGAACCUGCAGGAGAGGGUGAGCUCCAAGGCGGGCGCGAGCGGGAGCAAGAACUCGUGGUCGUUCCUCAAGUCGAGCACCACCACGCUGAUCCACCACAGCCCCAACCAGGCAGAGAAGUCGUCCUACGUCGCGCACAUCAACGCGUACCUCGGCAACGAUCCUUUCCUGAAGAAGUAUCUGCCGAUUGACCCCGCGGGCAACGAUUUGUUCGACCUCGUCAGAGACGGGGUCGUGCUCUGUAAAUUGAUCAAUGUAGCGGUACCUGGGACUAUUGAUGAGAGAGCCAUCAACAAGAAAAGGAUCCUUAACCCAUGGGAGAGAAAUGAGAACCACACACUGUGCCUCAACUCUGCAAAGGCUAUUGGAUGUACUGUUGUGAAUCUUGGAGCUCAAGACUUGGUGGAAGGAAGGACUCAUCUAGUUCUCGGGUUGAUAUCUCAAAUUAUAAAGGUGAAUCCUGAAAUCCCCAAUAUACAACUUUUGGCUGAUCUAAAUCUUAAGAGGACGCCACAGCUGGUGGAAAUUUUUGAUGACAGCAAGGAUAUAGAUGAAGUGCUGAGCUUGUCACCUGAAAAGUUACUACUUCAAUGGAUGAAUUAUCAUCUCAAGAAAGCUGGCUACAAGAAAAUUGUUACCAACUUCUCCUCAGAUAUCAAGAAACGUAUUUUUCAUGUGUGGUGCCAACAAAAACAUAUCUUCAUUUACUGCUCCAUUAGUCUAUUAGAUGCUCAACAAGCAAUUAUCUUACAAGGUAGGCUUGUACAGGAUGCUGAAGCCUACGCCUAUCUUAUCAAAUCUCUCGCUCCAGAGCAUUCCUCUAUACUUGCAUUUGACACCAAGGAUCCUGCCGUAAGAGCGAAAGUGGUACUUGACCAAGCAGAGAAGUUGGGCUGCAAAAGAUACUUGAGCCCAAAGGAUAUUACUGAAGGCUCCCCAAAUCUCAACCUUGCAUUUGUUGCACAAAUAUUCCAACAUAGAAACGGUUUGAGUACUGACUCCAGACAGGUUGCACUCACACAAACCUCAUCGCGAGAUGAGGUUAUAUUGUCCCGAGAAGAGAGAGCCUUCCGAAUGUGGAUCAACAGCCUUGGAAUUGCGACAUACGUGAACAAUGUGUUUGAAGAUGUUCGAAAUGGGUGGGUCCUACUAGAAGUGCUCGACAAAGUCUGUCCCGGAUAUGUCAACUGGAAGCUAGCGACAAAACCUCCGAUAAAAAUGCCAUUUAGAAAACUGGAGAACUGUAAUCAAGUUAUAAAUAUUGCAAAGGAUCUGAAGUUUUCCAUGGUGAAUCUAGCUGGAAAUGAUAUUGUUCAGGGAAACAAGAAGUUGAUUGUUGAUGGAGUUGCCAUAUUAAGUAUCAUCUCACGUCUUAUUUCAGCACUUCUAUGGCAAUUGAUGAGAUUCAAUAUCCUCCAGCUGUUAAACAAACUGAGAUUCCACUCUCAAGGGUCCCAAGGAAAAGAAAUAACGGAUGCUGAUAUCUUGAGUUGGGCGAAUAACAAAGUGAAGGUUUCCGGGAGAAAUUCUCGAAUAGAAAGUUUUAAGGACAAGAACCUAUCGAGUGGAAUUUUUUUCCUUGAGCUUCUCAGUGCUGUAGAGCCAAGGGUUGUGAACUGGAAGGUUGUAUCGAAGGGUGUAAAUGAUGAUGAGAAGAAGUUAAAUGCAACCUACAUCAUCAGUGUCGCACGGAAGCUCGGGUGCUCUGUUUUUCUGUUACCAGAAGACAUCAUUGAUGUGAAUCAGAAAAUGAUCCUAACAUUGACUGCUAGCAUCAUGUACUGGAGUCUGCAGAAGCCACAGCAGCCUGAAACAUCCGAACAAUCAGAAUCAUCUUAUGCGGCUUCAGAUGCUGCUUCCGAUAUCGCCUCAGAGGAUUCCGCUUCGAUAAUAGCACCAUCAGAAGGAGAAGAGGUGAAUUCAUUGCCUGAUAGAGCAUCCAACAUGCCAACUGAUGAUACUAGUACUUCAGAGGCUCCUGCUGAUGAUACUAGUACUUCAGAGGCUCCUGCUUGA